AUGUCUCUUGAGGGUCUUCCAAACGAGCUUAUCCUUCAGGUGGCAGAUUUGCUGGACCCGACAGAUAUUAAUGCUCUUGCUCAAACAAAUAAACGCUUUCACCGUCUUCUCAACCCAUAUCUCUACCGUCAGGAUGUGCUCUCUGCUGAGCACCUGGCGUUGAAUUUCGCUCUGAGACCAGAUCCCGCUACUAUUCACUGGAAAAAGCAAAGUCCGGACGAUGACCUGUACGAAUUUUACCAUCCAACCUCGUCGAUAAAUUCGUUUACGCUCUCAAACAACCCGGACCUGCUUACCCGCAAUGCAACAAUCCGCCUAUCCGUUGAAAAUGGUGAGGACCUCAAAAGCAAGUGGGCUAGCGAUAACUUCCUGUUUGAUAUUGUCUGCGCCAGCCAGGAAUGCAAUUUCUGGCUCAUGAUGAAACAUGGGGCCGAUGUCCACGCGAAAUCUCCUGAUAACCGAACCCUCCUGCACGAAGCGGUUAAAGGGUCUAGAACCAAAAUCCUCAGAUACCUGAUCAAAGAGGGCCUUGACGUCAACGCGAGGGACUCCUUAGGCACAACUCCUUUGUGCCUCGCGGCAGAGCACCUAAAUGAUCGUGCCAUUCGACUUUUGUCUGACAAUGGCGCUGACGUGGACGCUCGAGACGGGACAGGCUGGACUGCUCUCCAUACAUUGGCAUACAUACCUGCUCCAUCCCCAUCGGGGUAUUACCGAUCCUUGCAGGCACUUCUGUAUUAUAACCCCGAUAUGGAUGCCAGGACCCCGAGAACCGGUUGUAACGCACUCCAUCUUGCCGUAUCACACAGAGGAAACAGCAAACUCAUAAAUCUAUUGCUCGGCAUGGGAAUGGACAUCGAAUCUCGUUGCAAUGGGGGAUCAACUCCCCUGCAUUUCGCUGUUACGGUUGGCAACGUGAAAGCCGUGCAGCACCUGCUGGAUAACGGUGCCAAGAUUACGACCAAGGACAACCAGGGAAGAUCGGUUCUACAGACUGCCAUCGAAAAUCAAGAUUCACGAAUGACAAAGUGUCUUCUAGACGAGGGUGCUGAUGCCUCUACGGUGGUCAAAGGAGGAACGCCAUUCCUCCGGCACCUGCUUCGUGAGAAACUGUUAUGGACCGCUGUCAACUAUCUCUGGAGACCAGAGGGAGAUACUCGCGUGGGUGCCGAUGAAAGUGAGUGGGACGUAAUGGAAUCGGGAAUCGACCCUGGUCCAGACGGAAUGCCUGAAUCCUCGUAG